GUUACUCGUCCCAGCAAAAUGGCUUUUAAACCUCCACUCUCGGUGUCGAAAUCCAUACUAUUCCGCAAUUGCGGCCAGUGCAUCCGCAACCGCUAUCUCCGGCCGACCGCAACGUCUCGAUAUCUUUCUACAAGCUCUCCGCUCCGCAAUAACCCCCUCCGCGCACGCGCGAAUGCAAACUCGCGUGAAGAGGAUGUCGCUAAGUACCGCCGGUCGAUGAUUGUAUCCGGCGCCGGGAUAUUGGCCUGUGGGAUGGCAAUGUACGGCGUGAUCAAGCUCGACUUGUUCGGGCUAGAGCUGCAACAACAACAGAAGGCCCAGGAGGCGGCAGAGAAGAAAAAGAAUAAUGGGACGAUGAGAAUGGACGGUCCCGAUGGGUUUACGAGUAGUCCUUCUGUUAUCCGGAUCCAGGGCCAGGAUGGUGUAGAACAGGUCACGACUGGGACAAGCUCGGUGCCGUAUUUCCCGUCUACUAUUAGACUGCCCAAGUAUGAAGGGGAUGGAAGUUCGGCGGCAUCCAAGCUCGCGCCUUGGGACGAACUUACUGGCAAUGGGGAAGAUGAAGAGGAAUACCAGCUACUAGGGUUGGGUGUCCGCACCGUUUCGUUUUUGAAGAUCCAGGUGUACGUUGUUGGACUGUACGUGGCUAAGUCGGACAUUUCGGAACUACAGCAGCGCCUUGUCCAUAUGGCUGCUCACCCUCCGAGCGAUCAGGAGGUUAUCACAAAUCAGGUAGGCGCCACUUCCGCUACAUCAUUAGUGUCUACCGAGCGCCAGCGGUUGAAGGAUCUCUUGCUUGACGGCGAGAAAGGUGAAGAUGCCUGGAACGCGAUACUGAAGGAGGACGGUCUCCGGACGGCCAUCCGGAUUGUUCCUACACGGAACACAGACUUUGCGCAUUUGCGCGACAGCUGGGUGCGCGGUAUCACAACGCGCGCGCAAAAGGCCAAUGCCAGGGCGAAAGCCGCUGCUACGGAAGCUGGUGCGGGCGCUGCAAAUCCUGAUGAAUUCCAGGACGAUGUCUUUGGCUCCGCGGUGAAUGACUUCAAAACGCUGUUUGGUGGCGGUCAGCGCAAGCACGUACCUAAGGGCCAGACGCUACUACUGCUGCGCAACGCCCGCGGGGAGCUGGAUGCGCUAUUCCAGCCCGAUGCGUCGAAGCCGUUUCGAUUUAUGGGCCGCGUCUCUGACGAGCGGAUCAGUAGGUUGGUAUGGUUGAUAUACCUCGGUGGAAAGAAUGUGUCCAGUGAGGAGGCGCGACGGAAUAUUGUUGAUGGCAUUAUGGGCAUAGUUGAGCGGCCUAUUGGAACUGUUGUUCAAAAGAUCCUGUAAUGGUUAUCCUGUACUCUAGCAAUCUCCAUUCAGACA